UAUUGAUUUGACAUUUAAUGUAGACAUAUAUGUAAUCUGACGCUUUCUAAACUAACUACUGUGGCUCUGUCAACAUGGUCAAACUUCCGGUGUUCAGUCACCUGACCGAACAAGUGACAAAAGUUUGAUCAGCAAGUGACCCACCUGAAAGCUGGUUGGGCAACCGCCAUUAAACUCAAAGAAUAAGAAAGUGAGCUUACUUUUACUCAACAGAAGAGAACGGGCAGAAACAUGUGUGCGUUGAUUUGUGGACCAAAACUCGCCGCCUGUGGGAUCAUGUUGAGCACGUGGGGGGUUAUAAUGUUGGCCAUGCUGGGAAUUUUCUUUACCACACAUUCAGCUCUGCUGAUUGAAGAUGUGCCUCUGACCAGUGGAGACUUCAACGAUACGAACCCCCCUCAGAAGGUCUUUGAUGUGUACGACAGAGUUGGCUACAACUGCUUCAUAGCAUCUGCUAUCUACACCCUCAUUGGGGCUUUCUCCUGCUACCAGAUGAAGCUCAACAGACAGAAGGAGUACCUGGUGCACUAGUGCCACCUGCUGGACUGAGGAGCUCCCAGCAGCACUCUGACAGCAAGAGGUUCGCCUGUCCUCUGACCACUGUCACCUGUCUCAAGGUUUAAAGUCCUAAUCAUAAACUAAAGGGAGGAGACUAAACGCUAUGUGACAGCAGGUCAAAGAUCAGGCCUUCUGCACCUUUGUGUAUCUAAGAUGAGAUUAAUUCUACCUCUGAUUACAAGUGCUGAAAUGCAAAAAGUUGUUGUUCCCCAGUGAUUGUUCUUGUUAAAUUAUUUUGUCUUGUCUUGCCCUUUUAUACCCAUUGCACAAGAGAAUGUAUUUCUGAUUAUUGCCAGUAUCUAUCUGUGUUUUGAAUGUUAGUCAUUAGAUCAAAUAAUUAAUUUCCUUCACCUGUCUAUUAUUCUUAUGAGCAAGGUUCCAUUCCAUUUCAAACAUUCAAAGGUAUGUGUUUACUUGAUUAGAUGGUUUAUUUGACACAAGCCUGGAUUUUUCACUUUGUCAAAGCUGAUGUUGUUUACACAGUUUGUCCUCACACUUCAAACCUGCAAAAGUGCAUCUCAUCCACAGUUAGUUGGAUCAUGUCCAAGACUUUUCAGCUUUUCAACACAAACAUAUAUGUUGCUUAAUUACCACAACUUAAAGAGAUAGGAUCUUUAGAAGUGGGGUUAUAUGAGGUACUAAUCCGCAGAGGAGAAGUUUGGGGAAGCAGGCAGGUGUACAGACACGGAAGCUAAGUGAUGUACUGCUGUGGAGGGGGCAACUGCAAAAUGUUUUUUAACCACCUGAAAGAAUCUAUAUCAGUUUAUGUGUACAACAUAUUUUAAAAUAUUUUCACCACUUUACCUUCCCACCAGACAGCCCUGUCAGACAGGGAAG